CUUUUGUGUCGUACAGACACGAAAAACGUUUAUGGUAAAAACAUCGCCACAUUUCUCCUUCAUGGUGAUUAGGGUCGGUGUUUGUAGCCAUGGAGUUCACGGAGGACUUCACACAUCGGCAUGAGGUUUGCUUCCAAUGCAAUGGCUUCUAUGGCCCGUGUUUUGGACAGCCAGUAUGUGCCACGUGUCAUGCCUUCUUGUACCCAGAUGAUGUUUCGAAACAACCCAGUGUUGGACCUUAUCAAGAGAAAACAGAUGAUGGUGACUCUGGCAAUGAGGAGCCACGGGAGCCCAGUGACUACUACCAGAUGCAGCAGCAGCAAGAACAGGAUAACAUGCAACAGCAGUUACAGCAACCAUCACAGCAACAAUUACAGCAACAACAGCUCCUCCUGCCCCAGAUGCAGCCGCAGGAAGGGCUCAUAGGCAACAACUACUCAACAGCGGGAGAAGAUGCGUCUGAUGUAGAUACCAUGGAGCCAGGGGGGGGAGGAGGUGCAGAGGGAUGUGUAGAACAGGUUCUUGGGGUGAUAGGA